AUGAGCCAGCCCAGGCCCCGCUACGUGGUAGACAGAGCUGCGUACUCCCUCACCCUCUUCGAUGAUGAGUUUGAGAAAAAGGACCGCACCUACCCGGUGGGAGAGAAACUUCGCAACACCUUCAGGUGCUCCUCGACCAAGUUCAAAGCCAUUGUGUUGGGGCUGCUGCCUGUGCUCUCCUGGCUCCCCAAGUACAAGAUCAAAGACUACAUCAUCCCAGACAUGCUGGGUGGACUCAGUGGGGGUUGUAUACAGGUGCCCCAAGGCAUGGCCUUUGCGUUGCUGGCAAACCUUCCGGCAGUCAACGGUCUCUACUCCUCCUUCUUCCCCCUCCUGACCUACUUCUUCCUAGGGGGUAUACACCAGAUGGUCCCAGGUACCUUUGCCGUUAUCAGCAUCCUGGUGGGUAACAUCUGUCUGCAGCUGGCCCCAGAGUCAAAAUUCCAGAUCUUCAACAAUGCCACCAACGAGAGCUACGUGGACACAGCAGCCAUGGAGGCAGAAAGGUUGCAUGUGUCGGCGACACUUGCCUGCCUGACUGCCGUCAUCCAGAUGGGCUUGGGCUUCAUGCAAUUUGGCUUUGUUGCCAUUUACCUCUCUGAAUCCUUCAUCCGGGGCUUCAUGACAGCUGCUGGCCUGCAGAUCCUGAUCUCCGUGCUCAAGUAUAUCUUUGGGCUGACCAUCCCCUCCUACACUGGCCCAGGCUCCAUCGUUUUUACCUUCAUUGACAUUUGCAAAAACCUCCCCCACACCAACAUCGCCUCGCUCAUCUUCGCCCUGGUCAGCGCCGUCUUCCUGGUGCUGGUGAAGGAACUCAACGCUCGGUACAUGCACAAGAUCCACUUCCCCAUCCCUACAGAGAUGAUCGUGGUGGUAGUGGCAACAGCUAUCUCUGGGAGCUACAAGAUGCCAAAAAAAUAUCACAUGCAGAUCGUGGGAGAGAUCCAACACGGGUUUCCCACUCCAGUGGUCCCAGUGGUUUCGCAGUGGAAGGACAUGGUGGGCACAGCCUUCUCCCUGGCAAUUGUGGGCUACGUCAUCAAUCUGGCUAUGGGCCGGACCCUCGCCAGCAAGCAUGGUUAUGACGUGGAUUCUAAUCAGGAGAUGAUUGCCCUGGGCUGUAGCAACUUCUUCGGCUCCUUUUUCAAGAUCCAUGUCAUUUGCUGCGCUCUCUCUGUCACCCUGGCUGUAGACGGGGCUGGAGGAAAAUCCCAGGUGGCAAGCUUGUGUGUGUCUCUGGUGGUGAUGAUCACCAUGCUGGUCCUGGGGUCCUAUCUGUACCCUCUCCCCAAGGCUGUGCUAGGAGCCCUGAUAGCUGUCAACCUCAAGAACUCCCUCAAGCAACUCAGCGACCCCUACUACCUAUGGAGGAAGAGCAAGCUGGACUGUUGCGUCUGGGUGGUCAGCUUCCUUUCCUCGUUCUUCCUGAGUCUCCCUUAUGGCGUAGCAGUGGGUGUGGCCUUCUCCAUCCUGGUUGUGAUCUUCCAGACCCAAUUUCGAAAUGGCUCCACACUAGCCCAGGUCAUGGACAUGGACAUCUAUGUGAACCCCAAGACCUACAACAGGGUCCAGGAAAUUGAGGGGGUUAAGAUUGUCACUUACUGCUCCCCUCUCUACUUUGCCAACUCAGAGAUCUUCAGGCAAAAAGUCAUUGCCAAGACAGGUAUGGACCCCCAGAAGAUAUUACUCGCCAAGCAGAAAUAUCUCCGGAAGCAGGAGAAGAGGACGGUGAAGCCCACACAACAGAGGAAGUCCCUCUUCAUGAAAACCAAGACGGUCUCUCUGCAGGAACUCCAACAAGACUUCGAAAGUGCUCCCUCAACUGACCCCAACAACAACCAAGCUCCUGCAGGUGACGCCAACAUAUCCUACAUCACCUUCAACCCAGAAACCUCAGUGGCUGCCCCGUGUGAGCCGCCCACCUCCGCUCAGUCUCCCAGGGAGCCUAGUGAUGCUCUAGCCAGUGUCCCGCCCUUUGUCACCUUCCACACCCUCAUCCUUGACAUGAGCGGAGUCAGCUUUGUGGACUUGAUGGGCAUCAAAGCCCUAGCCAAGCUAAGCUCCACCUAUGAGAAGAUUGGAGUCCAGAUCUUUCUGGUGAACAUCCAUGCCCAGGUGUACAAUGACAUCAGCCACGGAGGUGUCUUUGAAGAUGGGUGUGUCCAGCGCAAUCACGUUUUCCCCAGCAUUCAUGAUGCAGUCCUCUUUGCCCAGGCAAACACUAGAGAAGACCCAGCACGCAGCUUCCAAGGGGCUCCAGGAGACACUGAGUUUUCCCUGUAUGAUUCUGAAGAGGACGGUCCCAGCUAUUGGGACUUAGAGCAGGAGAUGUUCGGGAGCAUGUUUCACACAGAGACCCUGACUGCACUGUGA